AACUAACUACUGUAACCACCUCUACAACAACUACUCCAUCCUCUGGAAAUUCUCUCAUUCACAACUUUACAGGAGCGGCUACCUUCAGAUUUCAAGGUUACUUAGAGAUUUUCGUUCAAGAUGGAACGUCCCCAACUAGAUUGGCAGAUUCAUAAGACCAGUCUAAUAUCUCGAUUUAAGGAGCUCCAUCUUCAGAGUCAUUGGUCAGACUGUGCCUUCAGAGCAGGAGAUGAACAAACGGAGAUUCUGAGAGCUCACAAGUUGGUGCUGGCUGCUAGUUCUCCUGUGUUUGAAGCAUUGUUUUAUGGCACAUUGGCAGAAAAGAGUGAAAUCAUCAACGUACCUGAUCUUGAGCCGCAAACUUUCCGUCUUCUUUUGAAAUACAUCUACUGUGACAGUACAGAGUUAGACUGUAUAGACACUGCAGGACAACUGUUGUAUGCAGCUAAGAAGUACAUGAUUCCACACUUAGCUAGAGUGUGCCUAGACUACCUACUGGAUCACCUGUUCAUCAAUAAUUUAUGGGACAUUUUGGCGAUUGCAGAAGAAUUGCACGAAGAGGAACUACUCUCUUCUUGCCUCAAGGUGAUGUGCCAGUACCCUGGUGAUAUGUGGGUCAACCCUGAUGAGAACAUUGGUCUGGUGACAUUGAGUCGUCUGCUAGACCAGCCCAGUAUCAACCUACUGGAGGCGGAGUUGUAUCAGCUGAUUGCAGACUGGGCGUCAGCUCAGUGCUCUAUAAGAGAAAUCUCGCCGUCCGCCGCAAACAAACGAGCGGUUGUCAACCAAGCAGGACUUCUUAGCAAAGUUCGUUUCCUCACCCUGUCUCUCACGGAGCUAUCCGACGUUGUGGAACCAUCUGGACUGUUGAGUGAAGAGGAGAUCAGGUCGAUUAAAACAUGCAUCAACAACAACAGCCUUGACAACAUCAGUUUGCCUGUUGGGUUCAACACAACUCGAGAGAUGCGGAAGCGCUUCAUGUCAGUCUCUUGUCGCUGUUUGCGACACAUCUUGACAAAGCGUAAGAGGUACAUGUACUCAGGGACAAUCAAAUGCAAAGUGAGCUCGGACACCAAAGUGAUGGUUACUGGCUUUGAGGUGUUCACUCGUAUAGCAACUACGGCUGACUACAUUAUGGGCCGAGGAUCAGUCAGUCAUUAUCCGGAAGAUCUAGUCGUAACUGUUUGUGAUGAGGAAGGGAAUGUGAUCAAUCGGACCGAGUGGAGCGGAACUACAGCUUUCUUCAACGUCACACAAGAGGUGAGGCUGUCGCAGCCGGUGUGGUUUAUGCCGAGGCACGUUUACAUCGUAACAUUUGAGUUAUCUGCGGGACAGUAUCCGUUGAGCGAUUUAUCGAAUAUUGCGUUCACAAAGACUGUUUGCUUUCGGUUCAGCCAGUGUGAGCCAUCUUUUGAUGACGAGAGAGCUUGCCAAGACAUUGAUGUUAGUUUUAUCAGUGGUGUUAUUUUUAACAGGUAAAUGAAUCACUAUAAGUGAUAUCAGGGUAAGUGUGAUACUUGUGCUUUAAUAAGACUAAUAUGUUCAAUGUAUCUUUUGUUAGAGUUAAGUUUGUUUAAAAUUAACUUUGAAGCCAAAGUAUGUGUAGCUUUUAGUUGCUUUAUCAUGGAUUAUUUAAACUUGACUGUGUAAAUCAUGUUUGUUUAGUAAUGUUCUAAGUUAUUUGAACAUUACACGAGUCAGUAUGCCUGGCCUUAAUGGGUAGAAUGUCCGGAUUAAAAAUAAAAAUACAAAGAAUUGCACAUAGGGCUAGGAAUCAGACUACUUCAAUACACCAGAAACUCACUUUGCAAUUUUGUAAAUACACAUUUGUGUAUAUUUAUGUCAAUAAUUAUGAGCCAAACUAUACAUGUUAAAGAUGAUUUCAGAAAUGUGGAGUCUACUACUUUGGAUCCAGUAUUAGAGCUUGUGCUCGAUUCUCUAAAUCAUAUUGAUUUCAGCCUAAAUUUUAAUUAAUACUAUUUAGUACUAUGAUUAACUAAUUCUUGAUGACCAUCUUGUACUUUACAUACUUAUAAUAGUGAAUACUUUUAAAAAAAGUUGAGAGAGGGUGGGCUAGUUAUGAUUAAAUUUUAAAUUUAUUGUUACCAUUUAAUCAACUGAAUAAGGCGCCUCAGACAAGUUUUGUAUACAAUUUUAGUCUUGUUAAUUUAUCUACAAAAUAAUACUUUUUAUAAAAAAUA